GCACCCAGUCCCUCGCAGCCACGCCGGGCGCGCACUCACACUCCCUGUCGGCGCGCGGCUCCCGGGCGCGAUGGACGCGGCGCUGCUCUACAGCCUGCUGGAGGCCAACUGCAGCCUGGCGCUGGCCGAAGAGCUGCUCUUGGACGGCUGGGGGCUGCCCCUGGACCCCGAGGGUCCCGACUCCUACUGCAACACCACCUUGGACCAGAUCGGGACGUGCUGGCCCCGGAGCGCCGCCGGAGCCCUGGUGGAGAGGCCGUGCCCUGAGUACUUCAACGGCGUCAAGUACAACACGACCCGGAACGCCUACAGAGAGUGCUUGGAGAAUGGGACGUGGGCUUCACGGAUCAACUACUCACAGUGCGAGCCCAUUUUGGAUGACAAGCAAAGGAAGUACGACAUACACUACCACGUCGCCCUCGUUGUCAACUACCUGGGCCACUGCGUCUCUGUGGCAGCCCUGGUGGCCGCUUUCCUGCUUUUCCUGGCUCUGCGGAGUAUCCGCUGUCUGCGGAACGUGAUUCACUGGAAUCUCAUCACCACCUUUAUCCUGCGAAAUAUCAUGUGGUUCCUGCUGCAGCUCAUCGACCACGAAGUGCAUGAGAGCAACGAGGUCUGGUGCCGCUGCAUUACCACCAUCUUCAACUACUUCGUGGUGACCAACUUCUUCUGGAUGUUCGUGGAGGGCUGCUACCUGCACACGGCCAUUGUCAUGACCUACUCCACCGAGCGCCUGCGCAAGUGGCUCUUCCUCUUCAUCGGAUGGUGCAUCCCCUGCCCCAUCAUCAUCGCCUGGGCCAUUGGCAAACUCUACUAUGAAAAUGAACAGUGCUGGUUUGGCAAGGAGCCUGGUGACCUGGUGGACUAUAUCUACCAAGGCCCCAUCAUCCUCGUGCUCCUGAUCAACUUUGUAUUUCUCUUCAACAUCGUCAGGAUCCUAAUGACGAAAUUGCGAGCAUCCACCACAUCGGAAACAAUCCAGUACCGGAAGGCAGUGAAGGCCACCCUGGUUCUCCUGCCCCUCCUGGGCAUCACCUACAUGCUCUUCUUCAUCAACCCUGGGGAGGACGACCUGUCGCAGAUCGUGUUCAUCUACUUCAACUCCUUCCUGCAGUCAUUCCAGGGUUUCUUUGUGUCUGUCUUCUACUGCUUCUUCAAUGGAGAGGUGCGCUCGGCCGUGAGAAAGAGGUGGCACCGCUGGCAAGACCACCACUCCCUCCGAGUGCCCGUGGCCCGGGCCACGUCCAUCCCCACGUCGCCCACACGGAUCAGCUUCCACAGCAUCAAGCAGACGGCCGCCGUGUGACCCCUCCGCCACCCCGCUCGCCCAUCACUCCACCUUAGGGACAGCUUCCCCAUCCUUGUCUGGCGCCUGUCUCUGGGUUCACCUUGCUUCGCGGGCCCUGGUGGGGGCGGAAGGGAGAGAAGAGACCAGCCCGGCCAGCUGGAGAGAGGCUGUGCGGCAGGUGGCCUGACAGGCUCUCAGGAGCCAGGGCCAGCCGGGCCAGAAGUGUCAGUGCAGAGGGAGCAGAGGGGAGUCACAGGGACCAGCCCCCCCCUCCCCACAGAGGAGCAGUUUACAAGUCUUCAGGCAUUUGCCCACACCAGCCUCUCACUGCAUCCUCACCGUAGCCCCAUUCACAGAUGAGGAAACUGAGGCCCCGAGCCAGGAGGGGCCUGCCCAAGUCCUACAGCUAGUUCUCAGCAGAGCCGGGGGUCCCCACUGCCCCCUUCAAUGCAGUUGGCCCUCCUUGCCUUCUGCCUCCAUGCUCAGUGCUGCCCUCUGCGGUUGAGGGUGGUGGUCACAGCAAUAGGAAGUAAAGGAUUAAUUUGGCUUCAUCCCAGGGGCUCUCACCUACCCCCCACCCCAGACCAGGUCAUCUCUCUGCCCCUCCCCAGCCAUGCUCCUGUCCCUGGGGUCCUAGGAAGGAUGCUGCUUCCUGUCUUGGG